UCCUGCCUCACUCUUCUAUCACUUCCCCCAUUUAAAAAAAAUCUGUUGCCUCUUUCACAGCUUACCUCUCUCACACUCUCCCCUCUCUUCCUCAUUCGUUCUCCCUUCCCUCCUCACGCAGCCCUCCCUCCCUUACUUCCGACGCUCCGCGCCGAAGAUGAUACCUCCAAUUUUGAGGAGCCUCCGGAGAAGCCUCGGCCCUGGCGAGCGGAUGCCUAGCGAGACCCUGUGCGGCCGAGCUUCCAGGGCCAGGACCUGCCCUUUCUAGGCUGGUUCUUCAGCAGGGAGUUGACAGCACUGGCCAAGUCUGAGCCAGUGGCUUCAGGCCUCAACUCUCCUGCCAAAACCAACUCCAUGGAGAAAAAGCUUCAUAUUAAAAAACAAAGAAUUAGUUGAAACUCAAGACAAAUGUCACAAGAUGGAGCAGGAGAUCUCUAGGUUUCAGCGCAAGAUGACUGACCUGGAGUCAGUUCUGCACCAAAAGGAUGUGGAGCUUAAGGCCUCUGAGACCCAGAGGACCAUCCUGGAGCAGGACCUGGCCACCUACAUCACAGAGUGCAGCAGCUUAAAGCGCAGCCUGGAGGCAGCCCGUGUGGAGGUGUCUCAGGAGGAUGACAAGGCUCUGCAGCUGCUGCAUGACAUCAGAGAGCAGAGCAACAAGAUGCAGGAGAUCAAGGAACAGGAGUACCAUGCUCAGCUGGAGGAAAUGCAGGUCACUAUCAGACAGCUGGAAGAGGACCUGUCGGCUGCCCGGCGCCGUAGUGACCUGUACGAGUCAGAGCUUCGAGACUCCCGGAACACUAGCGAGGAACUCAAGAGGAAGGCUGUGGACUACCAGCAGAGAAUCCAAAAGGCGAAGGAGCAAGGGAAGACCGAGGUAGAGGAGCUUCUUUGCAAACUGGAGAAGACCAAUGCUGAACAGCAAGUGAAAAUCCAGGAACUCCAAGACAAACUUUCAAAGGCGGUGAAAGCCAGCACAGAAGCCACAGAGCUGUUGCAGAACAUCCGGCAGGCUAAAGAACGUCUGGAGCGGGAGCUGGAGCGCCUGCGAAGCAAGGCCGACCCCAGCGACACCCUCCGACGACGUCUCAGAGAGACCGAGGAGGGUAAGAGGACCCUGGAGAACCAGGUGAAGCGUCUGGAGAUGGUGGAGCGGAGGGAGAACAAGCUGAAGGACGAUAUCCAGACCAAAUCCCAGCAGAUCCAGCAGAUGGCUGAUAAGAUCCUGGAGCUGGAGGAGAACCUGAGGGAGACCCAGUCCACAGCCCAGCGGAUGGAGACUCACCUGGUGCAGAAGGAGAAGCUCUACGAGGACAAAAUUAAGGUCCUUGAGGCCCAGAUGAAGGUGGACCUGGCAGACAAGGAGAGCUUGGAGUUCAAACGGGCCCACCACCAGGAAGAGGCCCGGGAGAAGUGCAAGCUCCUAAGUGAACAGAAAGCAACUAUCAACGCUAUGGACUCCAAGAUGAAGAAUCUGGAACAACGGAUCGCCGAGCUCUCCGAGGCGAGCAAGCUAGCCACUAACAGUAGCAUCUACACCCAGAAAAAUUUGAAAGCCCAGGAGGAGAUGAUCUCGGAGCUGAGGCAGCAGAAGUUCUAUCUGGAGUCCCAGGCAGGGAAGCUGGAGGCCCAGAACGCCAAGCUGGAGGAGCACCUUGAGAAGAUGAACCAGCAGGAGCUGAGCAAGAGGAGCCGUCUGCUGGAGAUGGAGACCAGGCUCAGAGAGAUGGGCCUGGAGCACGAUGAGCAGAAGCUGGAGAUCAAGCGUCAGGUGACGGAGCUGACAUUGUCGUUGCAGGAGCGGGAGUCCCAGAUCAGUGGACUGCAAGCAGCACGCCAUGCCCUGGAGAGCCAACUGCAGCAGGCCAAGACAGAGCUGGAGGACACCACCGCCGAGGCCGAGGAGGAGAUCACCGCCCUCAGGGCUCACAGAGAUGAAAUCCAACGCAAGUUUGAUGCCCUGAGAGACAGUUGCUCAGUGAUAACAGACCUAGAGGAGCAGCUGACCCAGCUGAGCCAGGAGAACGCCGAGCUGAACCGACAGAACUUUUACCUAUCCAAGCAGCUGGAUGAGGCCACGGACGAGACGGACGACCGCCUGCAGCUGGGACAGGACGUGGACUGCCUCCGCCGCGAGGUGGCCGACCGAGAGAUGCACCUCAACAACCAGAAACAGAACAUUGAGACUCUGAAGACGACAUGCAGCCUGCUGGAGGAACAGGUUGUGGAGCUGGAGAGUCUGAAUGAUGAGCUGCUGGAGAAGGAGAGACAGUGGGAGGCCUGGAGGGGAGCCCUGGAGGACGAGAAGAAUCAGGCCGAGAGGAGGACCCGAGACAUGCAGCGCCUGAUUGACAACGAGAAGCAGAACAGGCUGCGUGCAGACCAGCGCAGUACCGAGUCUCGCCAGGCAGUGGAGCUAGCGGUCAGGGAGCACAAGGCAGAGAUCGUGUCUCUGCAGCAAGCUCUGAAAGAACAGAGACUGAAGGCUGAGAGUCUCUCUGAUACGCUGAAUGACCUGGAGAAGAAGCACGCCAUGCUGGAGAUGAACGCCCGCACCCUGCAGCAGAAACUGGAGACAGAGAGGGAGCUGAAGCAGAGGCUAAUGGAUGAGCAAGGCAAGCUGCAGCAGCAGAUGGACCUACAGAAGAGCCACAUCUUCCGUCUGACCCAGGGCCUGCAGGAUGCUCUGGACCAGACUGACCUGCUGAAGACUGAGAGAACUGACCUGGAGUACCAGCUGGAGAACAUUCAGGCUGUCUAUUCUCAUGAGAAAGUCAAGAUGGAGGGCACCAUUUCUCAGCAGACCAAACUGAUUGACUUUCUACAGGCCAAAAUGGACCUGCCCACCAAGAAAAAGAAGGGUAUCUUUGGGCGUCGUCGUGAGGAGCUGGGGCCCAAUGGGAACGGAGCUGGGGGAUCUGGGGCCCAGGCUCAGCCGGCGCUGCCCAUGCAGUACAGUGACAUGAAGCUGGCCCUGGAGAAGGAGAGGACACGCUGCUCAGACCUGGAGGAGGCUCUGCAGAAGAUGAGGAUAGAGCUAAGAUCACUAAGAGAAGAGGCGGCCCAUUUCAAAGCCUCAGAGCAUGCUCCGGCCACGCCUGCCUCUGCGCGCCAGCAGAUACUCAUGUCAGCCAUCGUCAAGUCCCCUGAGCUCCAGCCCAACCCCAGCAUUCUACUGGCACCAUCCAGCUCUGCCCGCUGCAAGGAGAGCUCCACGCCCGAGGAGAAGCGAAGAGUAACUUUUGAAAAGUAUGGGCGUCGUGUGAAGGAGAGGAUGCACAGCAACAUACCCCAUCGUUUCAACUUCGGACUCAACAUGAGGGCCACCAAGUGUGCUGUCUGCUUGGACACCGUGCACUUUGGACGGCAGGCCGCCACCUGCCUAGAGUGCCACACCCUGUGCCACCCCAAGUGCUCGCCCUGCCUCCCUGCCACGUGCGGCCUGCCGGCGGAGUAUGCUACCCACUUUUCAGAGGUGUUGUGUCGGGAGAAGGCCAACUCCCCUCCCCUGCAGCUCAAAGAGGCUGCUGGCCAUGUACGCCUGGAGGGCUGGAUGAAACAACCCAGGAACUCCAGGCGGGGCCAGCAAGGCUGGGAGAGGAAGUAUGUGGUGCUGGAUGGGACCAAGGUGUCCAUCUAUGACUCUGAACCCAGAGAAGACUCUCUGAAGCCAGAGGAGGAGUUUGAACUGUGUCUCCCUGACGGAGAGGUGACUAUCCAUGGAGCUGUGGGAGCCUCGGAGCUCAUCAACACGGCUAAGUCAGAUAUCCCAUACAUCCUAAAGCUGGAGUCUCACCCCCACACCACCUGUUGGCCUGGCCAGUCCCUAUACUUCAUGGCUCCCAGCUUCCCAGACAAGCAGCGCUGGGUGGCUGUCCUGGAGUCAGUUGUAGCUGGCAGCAGGGGCUCCAAGGACAAGGUUGAGGCUGACGUGACAGCUGUUCCUAAAAAACAGAAGAACCUCUCCCCAUUGGUCCAGAAACUUCUAGGGAAUUCUCUGCUGAAGCUGGAGGGAGACGACCGGCUGGAUAUUAACUGCACCCUGCCCCUCACCGACCAGAUAGUGUUGGUGGGCUCUGAGGAGGGCCUGUAUGCCCUGAACGUCAUUAAGAACAGUCUGACUCACAUCCCCGGCCUGGCCUCCGUCUUCCAGAUCCGGAUCCUCAAGGAGCACGACAAGCUGCUCAUAAUUACUGGAGAGGAGCGGGCUCUGUGUCUGGUGGAGAUCAAGAAGGUGAAGCAGUCACUGUCUCAGUCCCACCUCCCGGCCCAGCCAGAUCUCAGCCCAUACAUCUUUGAGACGGUCAAGGGAUGCCACCUCUUCUCCUCUGGCAAGAUUGAGAAUGGCACGUGUAUAUGUGCAGCCAUGCCCAACAAGAUCACCAUACUGCGCUACAACGACAACCUCAAUAAGUUCUGUAUCAAGAAGGAGAUUGAGACGUCAGAACCCUGCAGCUGUAUCCACUUCACAGGCUACAGCAUCAUCAUCGGCACCAACAAGUUCUACGAGAUCGAGAUGAAGCAGUACAUGCUGGAAGAGUUCCUGGAUAAGAAUGAUGUGACGUUGGCCUCGGCCAUCUUUGCAGCCUCCUCCCACAGUUUCCCCAUCUCCAUCAUCCAGGUCACCCAGGCACCGCAGAAAGACGAGUACCUGCUCUGCUUCCACGAGUUUGGGGUGUUUGUGGACGAGCAUGGCCGCAGGAGUCGAAGUGAAGACAUCCAAUGGAGCUGUUUGCCUCUCUCAUUUGCCUACAGAGAACCCUACCUGUUUGUGACCUAUUUCAACUCGUUGGAUGUGAUUGAGGUCCAGGGCCACUCUGCUCUAGGGGCCCACUCGUACGCUCACCUCGACAUCCCCAACCCGCGCUACCUGGGCCCAGCCAUCUCCUCCGGGGCCAUUUACCUGGCUUCAUCCUACCAGAACAAGCUUCGGGUCAUCUGCUGUAAGGGGAACCUGGGACAGGAGGGGGAGCUGCAGAGGAAUGGCUCUGGACGCAGCCCCAACAAGCGUGGGCCGCCCUCCUACAACGAGCACAUCACUAAGCGCCUGGCGGCCAGCCCUGCGUUGCACGGUGACCCGGGCACGCCACACCGCUACCGCGAGGCCCGCACAGAGUUCCGCCGCGACAAGUCACCCGGCCGCCGGCCACACUCGGUGGAGAGGGAAAAGUCUCCCAGUGGCAGGAUGAUGAUGGACCCGCAUCUGGCCAGGUCUCCAGGGAGAGCCUUGGGGGGGGAUCUACGCCUCGGUCGCUCCCCAGGGAGGUUGAUGGACCGGGAUGUGAGGAGGGAGAGGUCGCCGGGACGGGGGUUCGAGGAGCAGCAGCAUGGAGUUCGCCAGAGACUCCACACCAGCUCCGGACGCACGCCCCUCACCACAGUCAACAAGGUGUGGGAUCAAUCAUCUGUUUGAGGAGAGAGAAGAGUGACAUCCCCCUUACCCGGGUUAGGGAAUAGGAGGUUGGUCAGAGUAUUACAUCACCCAGAGAGUCCAACAGGAAAAGCAGCUAAAGCGUUGAAGACCCACUGUCAAUGUUGAAUGUCAGAACUAUGGGAUUUUACUAGAAUAAAUAAUGGUUAAUGCAUUUUUUAUAUCCAACAUUUGACGUCUUAAAGGACCAAAACACCUUAAACAACAUUUGUCACAAACACUGAGAUAAACACUUGGAAUAUCUGCUCAAUUAAAUCCUGGAAAUGUACAGAUAAAUCUCAGAGUUUAGAAACACAACUAAACAUUCUCCUGGAUCUUCUCUCUCCCCUGUGCAUAUCAGCUAGAUCAGUGGUGGGCAUCUCCAGUCAUAGGACACACUGUGUGCAGGCUUUUGUUACAGCUCAGCACUAAUACGCCUCAUUCAAAUAAUCAACUAAUCAAAGUCUUCGAUUUAGAUCAAGUGGAAUUAGGUGUUUGUUAGAGCUUAUCUGGAAUAAAGUUGCAGCCUUCUAGGAUUAGUCCAUCCCUGAGCUAGAUGACUACACUAAAACACACUAAAACCGCACUACCCACAAUCCCCAGCACCAACUGACUCUUGCAACAGGACCUUUAUAAAUAACCAUAAUGCUAAUUGACACUGUAAAUAGGCAGACUUAGGUUUCUUCCAAAAUGGCACCCUACUCCCUAUACACUGCACUACUUUGACCAGGACCAACAGGGAUCUGGUCAAAAGUAGUACUCUAUAUAGGGAGUAGGGUACCAUUUCAGACAGAGCCAUGCUUUUUAUAGAUACUGAAAGGGAACCUCAAGGCUGGAAAAGCCACAUCUAUUUUUGUUAAAGCGAAAAGUGAUUGUUACAUGUAUGUGUCUUCUUAAAUGUCAAAUGAAUAUUAUUGUUUUAAAACGUCCUUUAUCAAGUGAGCAUUUUGCCUUGGACCCAUCUUGUGUAAUGCACUUCUACACGCAAAAGCAAACAUGUGGCUUGAGAUAUCAUUAAGCUUACAACAUACUACUUCAAUAUUCAUUUUUUUACCGCAAUCUCCCUUACCCUCUUGUAUAUACCCCCCAAACUGUUGUUUAUGAUUGAUUGAUGAAGAUUUUUUUUUUAGUUCUACUGAUUUGUCAAAGGCAUUGAUGUACUUAAAUGAAAAUGAAAAAGAAAUAUCCUAUGCUCUUCAGCAUCAUAUUCAUUUCAGUGAACAAUGACGGCGAUUCAACACUGGAGCAUGUGAGCGACAGAAAAAUAUAUAUAUUUAUAAAUGUUUUAGUUUGCAUUAAAUUGACAUUUUAUGGGUGACAUUUUCCUACUGCUGAACACCUCACGCAGCAAGAACAUAUGGUAUUUUCAGUCACAUAAGCCUACUCUUUAUACUUUAAUAUAUCAACUUACUUUUGAUGUACUUAUUCUUUAUAUUUGCUUAACAUCAGCCCCCCCCCCCCUCCCCACACACACACACACAAACAAAUGAUUUAUAUUCAACCAUGACGACCAAAAUUCAGUGUAGCAGUGAAAGGUCACGUAGCAAAUUCUUGUAGAACAGGUUAGCCUACAUGUGAAAUAAACAUUUUGCUCACAUCCUCUAUAUGCAUCUUUUACUCAGCAUCUGGGCGGGAGUGUACAAGGUUGUAAAUUGACUUCAUUUCAUAUGUGCCUAUCAAUUUAACAUCUGCUACCUAAGUCCAUCCCUCUACUUUUCCACUUUUUGGAAACUUUACGAGCGGCAGAAUACCAAUGUGAGAUCGGUGCAUUUUGCGGACAUUUUGCGGAUUUUGUUUAGACGAGAAACAUGUCGCCCUGUUCUCGAUAUGAUGAUGUUGAUGUCUUACAAAUGAUUUACUAGCUUUCCCUGUAGAUUUUGUCACACAAUAUUAAACAUAACCAAUGUCUUUA